AUGGUCUACACAAUCACCGUCCACCUCUACGCAAACAGCGACCCGGCCUCGGUCGACAAGCUCAAGGCCAAGCUGACCGAGGCGUCGCGCGUCUACAGCAAGGACAAGGAGACGCUCGACUGGUUCGUCAUGCAGAGCACCCAGGACCCCAGGUCCUUCACCAUCGUCGAGCGCUACGAGAACGAGGGC